AUGGCGCAGCAAAGCAAUCGAAACAGUCCACAUCUCUCAUCGCAUCUUCAGAACGGUUCCGCUCCAUCGUCGCCGUCGAUGUCGAAUGCCCAGCAACAAGGCCAGAAUCGUCAGCAACCCGUUAGCUACCCAAGCCCUACCUCCUACCCUUCACCUUCGCUCUCCAACGCGCAAUACAACUACCCUCCCCCCAACCAACAAGCCGAAACCUACCGCGCAUCUCCCACUGGCAGCAACGGUUCACUUUCUCUGCCCAGCAUGCGCUCUCUCGACCCUCUGCAGCAGCAACAACAGCAGCAGCAGCAGCAGCACCACAUGGGCUCCAACCUUCCUCCACCUGUAGCGCAGAUGGGUGGUCCCUACUACCACAAUCCAGGCCAGUCCUUGCCCCAUCCAGCGCAUCAAUAUCCCAACGUCACGUCCGAUCCGACUGGCAACAUGCGAUAUGCGCUCCCCGUCACCGACUCACGAGUGAUGAGCGGUGGCCGCCACAAGAAGGAAAUCAAGCGUAGAACCAAGACGGGCUGUUUGACCUGCAGAAAGCGCAGAAUAAAGUGCGAUGAACUCCAUCCAGCCUGCCGCAACUGCCAAAAGUCGAAGCGUGAGUGCCUUGGCUACGAUCCCAUCUUCAAGCAACAACCAGGUCCUGCCGCCAUUCAACCAGCACCAAGCUCUGCACCCUCCUCAGCGGGCGUCACAGCCACUUCCAAUCCCUACGGAAAUCAACCACAAAUGCUGGCGGGUGGUUACGGUGCCCCAGCAAACAUGGCGUACGACCCGGCUCUCUCAGCAGGUGUCAGUUCUCCUGGCUCUGCCAGUCAGCAAUUUGACUACACCUCCGCAAUUGAUCCAGCUCUAGAGGCUGUCGCACCUCCUACUUCCGCAGCAUCAGGGGCUUCGUAUCAAACUACAACACCAGCAAAGCGGACCGUUAACGACCUCCUCGCCCUUGGAGGACCCGUUCCUCCUCGAUCGACCACCGACACUGCCACCAACCCUACCAUGCUCGACGAAGUUAAGCACCUCUACUACAGCAUCUACGCGCCUGGCCUCGAAAACUUCCUCGAAUCGAAGUGGUUCUCCGUCAAGGGCCUUGCCAAACUCCUCGAAGGCAAGUUCUACCUCGAACAAUUCGCCGCCCUCCUUCAACAAUUCGCCAAGACCUCCCAAAACGAUCAGAAGGAGAUCCAAUACACCUCGAGCGUCGAAGCCAGAGUCGUCUGGGCACUUGCUUCUAUGGUCCGAACUGCUGCUGCAGAGUCAAAUGGUGUAAAUGUCAAGACUGUCCCAGCCACCGAUGACCCCACUGAGGCUACCAACCGCUUGAACGUCUUUGAGACGUUGCUGACUGGUAGAGUUGCCGCAAGCAAUCCUCUUACAGCACCGGUUGCGGGAAGCACUGAUCACCAUAGACUUCGAGAGUUGGAGUUCUGGUACACCCUUGGCAACUUUGUCUGUCAUCAGUAUGAAGAUGCUGCAGCUGCGAAGGAGGUGGACGAGACUUUGUCGGCGUUGAGAAACCUACUGGAUGGCCGCGAGAACCGUGAUGUCCUUUAUUCUAUCGCGGUCGUCCGUGGUCUUGGCCAGCGGGUGUCGGAAUAUACCGAUAAUGACACUCCACUCCACUUGGACGAGAGCGACAACAAGAGCAAGCUUCUCGUUGCAAAGAAGUUUGUCAUGGACGAGGCUGCCGGUGCGGGAACUACAAACGUUAUUCGCCGACUUUGCGACCUCUCCGCGCGAUCCUGGUCUUCCCCGGCUGCGACCCCUGCUACUCCA